GGGAAAUAUAGUAUCAGUGUUCAUAAUUCAAUAUGGCGGUAACACGUCGGAAUUACAUUUUCGGUGCGUUUAUUUCUAGUGUUUUGUGUGUGAUUUUGACUAUAGUGGCCAUAGCUAGUAACAGUUGGAUAGUUUCAAAUGUUUACACCGCCAACCAGGAGCAGGACAGCACCGUGCGCUAUGGAUUGUUUCGCGGAGAGUUCGCUUUGUAUAUCUUCGCUACACCCUCCUACAAUACCUUAUACAUGACAUGCAUCCCGGAUAUGAAUGCCUGUGCCAUGAGUUGCAAGACAGAGGCGCAGGCGAGAGAAGACGAGGCCCGAGCCUUAGCUUCAGGCUACAGGACUAAUCAAGCUUGCACCGCCGUCACUACCGUUGAUACCACAAAUCCCUUGAAGGAUCCACCAGUGAUAUCAUUCGGUGUAUACGUUGGAACGUUAUUGCUGCUCUUCUUGAAGCUAACGCUGGGCGUGUUGGCUGCCUCGUUGGCCAUACUCAACGCCACCAGAAAUCCUACGGAACCCGCAUUUGGAUUACCCGGUUGCCUUUGGACAAACGUAGCCACUACAGUUGUGGGAAUAACCGUGAUGCUGUUGUUUGGAAUAUAUUGGGCCACUUCCGGUCUGAAGAACCACCUGGCGUUCUCCUAUGUAGCCUUCGGAGGCUCUACCCCUGCGCCUGGACUGGGUUACUCUUAUUGGUUACUCAUAUGCGCAAUCGCUUGCUCGGCGACUAACGUGGUGCUGAUAGAACUGCGUAGAUUCUUGCUGGAACGAGACCCGCCGCCACCUACCAUCAAAUUGGAAAACCAUUCCGACGGGAACAUAUUCCUCUACUAACCCAUAAGAUUAACUAGUAUAUUUAUACAUAUUAAUUAAUCCAUUAGGGUUUCAUUCCAUACCUCAAAAGAAAAACUUCUGUUUUUCCAUUUGAGGCACGGAAUGGAUAAGAUCAUUUUGUCCGUGUUCUGUACGUCUAGACCCUGUAUUUCAGCAAAGCGCUGAAUACCAAGUUGAAAUUUGAACCGUAUACUCUACAUCCCUAUGAAGUUGUGGAAAAAUCCAACUUUUAAGUUUAAGUAAAAAAUGCACACUCUCAUGGGUAAAACUCUACUUGAUGUUGACUUAGAACUAUGAACAAGGAGAAAUCUAAAAACCAAAUUAUAAUUAACUAGCCGACGCCCGCGACUUCGUCUGCGUGAAACUUGAUGUAAACUUUCAACUACCCCUAUCCUACCCCUAUCCUACCCCUAUCCUACCCCUACCCUACCCCUACCAUACCCCUACCCUACCCCUAGCCUACACCUAGCCUACUUUUCUGGUUGAUUUUUUACACCUUGUGUCCGAAAAACCCAAAUAUCUUACGGAACCCCAUUUUUUCCAAAACAAAAUUUAGCCUAUGUUACUUGUGGAUAAUGUAGCUUUCGAAUGGUGAAAGAAUUUUUAAAAUCGGUCCAGUAGUUUUUGAGCCUAUUCAUUACAAACAAACAAACAUACAAACAAAGUUUUCCUCUUUAUAAUAUUAGUAUAGAUUAAUCUCUUGGGGUCUAUAUUAUUUAUAGGAGGUCGAAAUUUCAAAUUGCAGCGACUAGAUCAAAUAUGAGAGGGCUAGAUGUGCAUUAUAUAUAGAUGUCCUUAUUUACCUCGGGUCCAUUCAGGUCUUGUUGAAUUUAUAUCAGGUUGAAUUUAUGAAUAUAUAGAUUAUAGAUGUCCUUAUUUACCCUAAUUUUGGUGAUAAAAACCUGUCCUAGACAAUAAAGGAAAUAAUCGAAUUAUUUUAACCUGCUAUACCUAAAGUCCUACAUCUUGCCAACACUGUAUUUAAAUUUGUAAGCAUAGCCUACUGAUAUCUUAAACUGUACGAGACA